AUGACUUCUCCAAAUUCUGAUUCGAAUACAUCUUUUCCCAACAACUCUGCCAUCACCAUGAUAAAUGAUUUAAAUGCGAAUUACAGUACUCUCAUUCUUUCAAUAGACACACCACUUUCCCAAACAAAAGAUUUACCUAUUGAAAUCAUUCCAGUUAUUCCAGUCAAACCACUAUCCACCGCUUCAUCUUCCGAAAGCUUAAAAUGCACUACUUUAAUUGGAAGCAAAACACUUUCUGCUGCCAGCUCACUAGAGACUUUAAAAGAAGACAUUCAAAGCAACUAUGCACUGGAAAAACUUUUGACACCAAUUUCAUCUACCAAGUCAAUUCCCAAGCCUUCCUGGAAAAAAUUCUUUCAUGCAAUUUCUCUGUGUGGUGCUGCAUCAUUGGCUGGUUUUUUAUUUGGAUAUGAUACUGGCACGAUCUCAGGUUUUCUAGGUCUAGAUGCUUUUAAGGAACGUUUCGGUGAACUUCUGGUUGAUGGAACUUAUAUCAUUCCUCCAAUUAGGUCUGGUCUUUUUGUUAGUGCUGUGUGCAUGGGCGGUCUUUUUGGUGGGCUCAGUGCCUCAUAUUUCGGUGAAAAAUUUGGUCGAACCUGGAGUGCUAUGGGCUACAGUGUAAUCUACAUUGCCGCUAUUGUUCAGAUGCUCUAUGCAAAAGCUUGGCUACACUACUUUUUCGCUCGCAUAAUGAUGGGCAUCGCAAUCGGAUCUUAUACUUUAAUUGUUCCUAUGCUUAUUUCAGAGAGCUCGCCUAACUUUCUUCGUGAAAUUAACGUGUCAUUAUUUCAACUUUUCAUAACUCUUGGCAUUCUUGCAGGUAAUAUUGCAGUUUUCAAGACUCAUGAUUAUGAGGAUAUUACUUCCUAUACACAUCCAAUUUACGUGGCCCUUGGUGUUGCGGCCACCUUUUUCUUCGUCAUGCUCAAAAUGCCUGAAUCACCUCGCUACUUGCUUGCGCAUAAAAAAAUAAUCAGGGCUAAAAACUCUAUCGCUCGGUUCAUGAAUAUGCGCCCUGAUGACUUGUAUGUUAUUCGCGAGGUAGAAAAUAUUUACAUGGCUGUUCAGGAGGACAAAAAAGCUGGCAACGCUUCUUGGACUGAAUUAGUCACCGGCAAGCCUCGUAUCUUUUAUCGUGUUUUUGUUGGCACCAUGAUUCAAAUUUUUCAGCUUUUCAGCGGCGCAAAUUAUUUUUUCUACUAUGGCACACUUCUCUUCUCACAGAUUGGCGGCUCCAUGGACCAAUUUGCAACACCCAUCAUCUUAAGUGGUGUCAAUGUUGCUUGCACUCUACUUGGUCUUGUUAUUGUUCAUAAAUUUUCUAGACGUUCCGUGCUUAUUACUGGUGCUUUGGGAAUGCUUAUCUCGUUUGUUAUUUUCACUAUUCUUGGUACAUGUUUUUUCCAUCCAGAUCUACUUGUUGAAGGGACUAUUAAUCAGCAAUCUGUCAAUAUUGGCAAGGCCAUGAUCGCUUGUGCUUGUACAUUCAUUCUAUUCUACGCUUCUACAUGGGCCCCGUUGUCUUAUGUUAUAUCUGCUGAACUUUUUCCUCAACGUGUACGCUCCAAGGCCAUGAGUUUGGGCUUUUCCUCCAAUUGGAUUCUCAAUAUUUUUGUCAAUCUCUUCACUCCAUUCAUUGUGAAGAAAAUUGGAUUUUCGAUUGGCUUUAUCUUCUCGGGCUGUCUUUUGGCUGCAACCCUAUUUUCCUUCUUUUGUGUUCAUGAAACUAAAGGUUUGACCUUGGAGCAAACCGAUAUCAUGUAUGCUUCGGGUGUCAGUGCCAUUGAGUCUUCAAUGAAAACUAAAAGGGAGGAGUUUCUCGCUCGCAGCUCAAAAUCAAAUGUGUAA